AUGACUACAAAUGACCCUCAUCAUCAGGAGCAGUCCGUAGUUGACGGACCACCACCUCAACAGGUACCCAAGAAACGAAAAGGAAAAAAGAUAAAGAAACCAUUCCGUCAACGAGUAAAGAUUGGAUGGGGGAAAACAGAGCGUAAAGAUAAGAUUAAUUAUGGAAUUACUAUGGGUCUUUCAAUAGCGUCGGCCCUAUGCAAUUUUAUUAUUUGCAUUUGGGCCUUUGCUGUUUUCGGAGUAACCAAGGCCGAUAGUCAUCGCAUUGGAAACACAAAAGCAUGUCUAUUUACCUACGUGAACAACAUUUUUGCAACACUUGCAGUAAUGGAAUUGGCAAGUGGUCUCAUUUCUGCUGCCCAUGUGGGAUCGUUUAUAUUUGAAAUAGUUUGGUACGCCUCCAAAAUUAAGGAAAAAGGAAGCCCAAUAUCUACGACUGUACUUCUCGGAAAAGGACUUCUCUCCCUAAUCAUGCUCCUUGCUUUCAUAACUUAUUGCGUCUAUGCUUUUUCCCUCAGUUGCCCUUCUACUGAUCUCAUUCCUGGAUUCCAAGCAAUUACAAUAUCCUUUGCUGUUGGUUAUGCUGUAUUUUGGGUGUUAGGCACUGUUCUAGGUUUUCUCACCUUCCACUUCAAUUACAAUCUAGUUCAAUAUCUGAAGGAGGCUAUUGUUGGAGAUGAUGAUGACGACGAAUCUGACGAAGAGGAGGAUGAAGAUGCCAUCAUGGAGGAGGAAAUGAAGAAACAGUGA